AUGGGUGCUAGCAGGAAGAUCCAGGAGUGUGCUCCCACCUGCCACUCCGGCCACUGGAAGGAGAGCGGCGCCUCCAGGCAGCUGGAGUGGCAGUGGCGCCAGCAGACAGGCUCUCCCGGGUCUCCACCUCUGGCAGGAAGCCUGGCCCCAGCCGGCCCCGGCUUCCCUCCGGCUCGGACUCCGGUUCCGGCUCUGAUUCCCCCGCCCGACCCCGAUUCUAUCGCCCAGUACCGUUUCCUGGGCUCCGGCUUCGCCCCAGGCUCCAGGUCCAGCUACGCCACGACCUUAGAGGAGCUGAAGCCCGUUUCCGGGAAGCACAGGCGGCGCUCUCACUCCGCACAGCCGGUGAAGGAGCAGCUACGGGCGGAGCCGCCACCUCCGCACCGCCCAACAGCUUUCCGGGAAAUUCUAGGAGAGCCUCCUCCCAACGAGGCUCAGGUGCUUCUUGUUGGGCGUCCUCUGCACUGUCAUACGCUUCCAUUAGCCAUGCUGCUACACAGCGUCAUGCUUGCCAGCUGCGUCUGGAAGGCAGCUUUUAAAGUUUUAAAGCAAACUCUACAGCUGAUAGCUCCUCUGCAUGAUAUUGUGACCUACUUUGUCAGGUUUGCUAAGCUUGGCAAUUGUCCAGCAUGUUUUAAAUUUCCUCUAAGUCCCAAUCCUUUGAGAGGUGACUGGGGAGGAGCUGAAGGCAUUGGGUCUGAGCUUCAAGAGCUGCAGAACAUGACUGACAGCCUCCAGAACCCCCAAGACCCCACCUGGGAGGCCCAGGCACUCCUCCUCCGCACAGAGGUUAUGUUUUUGCAGUUUGACGCUACAGUGAGGCAUCUCAUCCAAGAAACAUUUUUGGCAGCUGGAAACGUUCCUGCCUACCAGUCUGUCACAGACAGCAUGUACCAUGGGCUACCAGCACUGAGCAACUCUCUCAGGAAGAGCAUUAUUGCCUCGCAGUUCCACCUGCCCCAGCCACUGGAUCCACAGAGCCUCCAGGCAUUUGAGCUGGUCCCUUGGAGAAUAUUUCUGGAAGAUGGAGGACCAUUCCCAGUUAUAAGUAGCAGUCCAGAUGCCCUAGAAUAUAAUAUGCAGGUAGGAUAGGUCUUCUCCAUUGUUGCAGAGAGAACUGAAUGCAGACUGCAAAGAUGGGUGCCAUUGAGUCCACAGGUCAGAUCCUCCUACUCUCACCCAUGAUGAAUAAUGCGUAAGAUAAGCAGGGUGUUUGACUUUUGAAGCUAUAAACCCUGGUCCACAAGGUGAGUCACAUUUUCUUAUGACACAGGGAAGCUUGCUCUCAAUUGGCAUUGGCCUGGAUUAUAGACUCAGCUACAGUUCUUGUGGCAGUAGUGAUCCGAGAGAAUGGCCAGUCAUUUCCAGUCAUGGGCUGAGUGUCUUAGAGAAACUCCCAGGCUGGUGGCUUAGAGAUGUGUGAUUCCUGACCUGUCUAUAAAUAGUAGUGGGAAGGGAACUUUUUAAAACAGGACUCAUAGGGAGAAUUUCUUUUCAUUGCUUUCUUAUUCACUGUUAACUUCCUUUAAAUUGGUUAGAUUCUUUUCAUUAUUAAAUGUUUUUCCCU